AAAGCGCCGUACACCAAACUACGCGCGAAUCCCCGAACUCGGCACAAUUACUUGAAGCCUACAUGCUUUUCGAUAAAUCAGAACUUGUGUCGGAAUAACUUAUUACGCAGAGGGCGAAGAAGCACAGACCUAAUCAACGCAAACGCCGGUGUGGAUAACAAGGAAGAAUAAAUAUUCGUCCGUUGACUGUUUAUCUAUUGGGAGUUGUUGCGAUUUCUUGCGCACAGCCAUGGAAACGAUACGAAGAUUUCUUCCCUAAUGCCGCGAUCUUUCGCGUUAGCUUUCCCUAAAUAAAUGGAUGCGACGUUACUGGCCUCCGCCGUGGUCGUUUGGGAAUGGCUCAACGAGCACGGGCGCUGGCGGCCGUACAGCCCGGUCGUGUCUCACCACAUAGAGGAGGUGAUACGAAGAGAUCCCCGCGGCGGCAGCGUCGUUCUAGGCCAAGCUGACAGCCGCCUGUCCCCCUACAUCGUCGAUCUGCAUUCCAUGCAUCAGUUCAGACAAGACACAGGUACGUUAAGACCAGUGCGGAGGAGUUUCUUUGACCCUAGCUCAGCACCAGGACAGGGUUGGAUAUGGGAGUGGGAAAAUGACACUGGUUCCUGGGUGGCCUAUGACAUGGAGGUGAGCAUUGCCUUGCAAGCAGCACGAGACCAACAGCAAACCUGGUUGGACCUGACACCCUUGGGCUUUUGCUACCUUGUGGACUUCCAGACCAUGACCCAGAUUAACAGGCAAACACAGCGACAGUGCCGCAUCCAGAGACGCUCAGACAUGGUUUAUCCACUGGUGUCUGGGCCACUGCCCAAAACCUCACAGGCUUGGGGUAAUGGCUUGGGAGCUGGAGGCAUGUCUAGAGGAGUUGCAUCAGGUGCAGAGUCAACUGGGGCAAUUCUUGGGGUAGGAGUUUCUAGUUCCACCCUGAAUAGAAAAGGAAGUACGGUUUACCCAAGUGGGACACUUUCGGUGUCAUCUCUUGCUCCUGUUGGACAGCCAUGUGCCUGCCAGCAAUGCAUGCUUGUGUUGAGUGUAAAGGCAAAUGCCACUGCAUCACAGACAUUAGGACGCAAAUCUCAUACAACGAAGCCAAACAGUCAUAAAUCCAGCUUUGGGACACUUUCAACCCCGUCUUCAUCUAUUUUAAACUCAUAUUCUCACACACUUCCACAUGGCCUGGCUUCAAAAUGCUUGCCUUCAGAAGAGGACAAGAAUUCAGCAGCUUUUGCUCAGUCAUUGUCGCUUCUUACUUCAGACACUGCCACGCUCUCAGUCUCCUCAAGCCGCCUGCCACCUCCACCUGUUCCCCCACCUCCAACUCUGCCAUCACCCAAUCAACAGCCUUCUUCCACCGCUAGCUCAACAUCUCCAGCAACAUUGGUGCCAACUGCCAUGCUCAUUGACACGUCAAGUAUCACAUCGUCCACAGUUUUGACGUCGUCUUCAACAACGGUGCCCUCUCAACGCUCUACUGCCUGUGCUGCCCCUCUACCACCUCGUGCCAGUCUAGCAGGCCUUAGUCGGCCUGCUUUGCAGAGGAUUGCCAUUGCACAGUCACGGGCACUUAUUGCCUCUGGGGUACCGACAGUACCAGUGAAGAACCUUAAUGGCUUCAGCCCUGUUUAUCCUGCUUUAGCUGGUAUUACUGGAAUUCUGAUGAGUGCAGCAGGACUACCUGUAUGUUUGACUCGUCCUCCUAAAUUAGUUCUGCAUCCCCCACCUGUUAGCAAGAGUGACAUCAAACCAAUUCCUGGUGUUGGACACUGUUGCCGCAAGACCACCAAAAAACAAGCCCGCAAAGGUAAAACACCUGAGGAGGUGGUGAAGAGGUACUUACAGAAGGUCAGGAACCCACCUGAAGAAGAUUGCACUAUCUGUAUGGAAGCUCUGGGAAGGCCCUCAGGUUAUAAGGGUCUAGGUGUGGCGAGUGUUGCCCGUGCAGAGUCAGUAGGAAGACUGGCGCAAUGUGGACAUCUGUAUCAUCUGCAGUGUUUAGUGGCCAUGUACAAUAAUGGCAACAAAGAUGGCAGCCUGCAGUGUCCCACAUGCAAGACAAUAUAUGGAGUAAAGACGGGCAGCCAGCCGCCCGGUAAGAUGGAGUACCAUGUAAUACCGCACUCACUGUCAGGACACCCAGACUGCAAAACCAUUCGUAUCAUCUACAACAUACCGCCAGGCAUACAGGGCUCUGAGCAUCCAAACCCAGGGAAGCCUUUCACUGCAAGAGGAUUUCCCCGUCACUGCUAUCUCCCAGACAGUGAAAAGGGGCGUAAGGUGUUACGGUUGUUGUUGGUGGCGUGGGACCGACGUCUGAUCUUCUCAGUGGGCACCUCCAGCACCACAGGAGAAUCAGACACUGUCAUCUGGAAUGAGGUCCACCAUAAAACAGAAUUUGGCUCCAAUCUAACUGGACAUGGCUAUCCAGAUCCUGGCUAUCUUGACAAUGUACUGGAAGAGCUUAAAGCCCAGGGCAUCACUGAAGAGGAGGGACAACUACAGUGAGAACGGAAACAAAAGAAAAAACAUUGGCAUUUGAGAGACAUUAGGGUACUAGAUUGUUGAGUUGUGCUGUUGGAAUAGGGUUCAUUUCUGGAGCACAGAAGUAUAAGUGAAUAAAUAUGAGAAUAAAGUAAUUUCUUUUUUUUUUAUCAAAUGGUACAGUUGACUAUGUAAAUGAGCACAGCGGUACAAGUCAUCUUUUGACAUGUAUGCAUUCUCAACCUCAAUAUGGUAUUUGGGCAUGAAGUAACACAACUAAGAUACAAAUUAUAUUUGGUUAAAGAAAUGUGUGGUUAAAGGUGAAAGAUAGGUUUGAAAGAAUGAGGGAAAGAAAGAAACCUGUAUGAAAAGCAAGAAUGGGAGGUGGAGGGGACUCAUGAGGUAGAGAAAUGGGGAAAUAGGAAGACUGAAAAAAUAGUGGUCAAAAAAGAAAUGUCAUGUUUUAUUUGCUUAAGCUGUGUUGUAGUGUGAGUUUGUCUAAGUUGUGUGAAACAAUUGCAAGUGUGGGUAAUAUCAUGUACCACCAACUGGAUUCCUGGUUCCAAAGCAUUCCAAAGCCAUUUACUACAAUUGAGAGGUAUAGUUUGGAUUAAUAAAUGUUUGUUUUAUGACUAGUAAUAUCAUGAUAUCAUUCCAUGUAUUAUGUACUAUUAUGUACUUAUGUACCAUUUUUGUAUGGAUGAUAGUGUGUGGAUAAGAUUUAGAUUUUAGAUCUAUCAAAAUAGAGCAUCAAUUCUAGAUCGUCUUAUUCAAAAACAGUUUAGAGGAAGUGAAGAAUUUAUUUUAGCUGGUUGAGAACCCCAUCUAACAGUUCUUCCUUCGAUCUGAAUGCUGUAUGUAAACUCAUUGAGAGACAAUGGUCUUCAGUGUUCUUUUUAUUGAUCAUAAUUAAAGGAAUAGUUCACCCCAAAAAUGAUAAUUCUCUCAUUAAGCUAUUGUAUUGCUUCAGAAGACAUUAAUUGAACCACUGUCAAAUGGAGUACUUUAAUGCUGGCUUUAUGUCCUUUUUGGAGCUUGAAAGUUUUGGACCCUAUUGACUUGUAUUGCAUGGUCAAAAAAAUCUUUGUGUUCUGCAGAAGAAAGACAGUAAUACAAGUUUGAGAUGGCAUGUAAGGGUGAAUAAAUGAUGAGAAAAUAAUGAUUUUUGGAUGAACUAUUCCUUUAAAUGUCACAUAUUCAUGGUACAGAAAAAGUUCUUUAAGCAAAGAAGUGAUGGUACACUUUGUGUUUAUAAACAGGAUGCAUUUAAGGUGCUGUAAGUUUUUUUUUUUUUUUUAAAUACCACACAAAAUGCCCCUACUACAUGAUAGCUAUGUGGCAGUCUUGGGCUCUGCAAACAGCAAAACUUUCUCGUUUGCUGGUAUGUUUCUAAAGAGAGAGCAUGUGGUUGAAGUUAGCAAAAUGGCUGAAUUGCUUACAACACCAGUGUAUAAGCUCAUUUUUGAUACAGAAGAAAGUUAUUAUGCAAAGGAAUUACGAUUGAGCUGGAUAUAGGGAAUUGGCAAGCACUUCGAUAGUUUAAUGAUCCCCAAGGGACAUUUUAGUAAUAGAUGACCAAAACGAACUGCCUGCCUUUUCUUCGCACUGGGACUUUCAGAAAGGAAUACAUACAAUACAAAUUAGCUCUUGUGUUAACUGUUCUUUACUGUCCUUUUUAAACCCUGUUUUUGGCCAGUCUUUAUGGUAGGUCAAUAAUUGACCUGUUUUACAAUGAUCCACUUGUAGUGACCUAAAGAACAUGCCAGUGUUUGUGUGCAUGUGGAUACUUGCGUUUAUGAGCCGAUGCAUCAUGCUUAUGCAUGCAUUUGUGCUUGAUUAAAUAUAAGAGUGUAUGCUAUGCAUCCACCAGCCAGAGGUGAGGUACAGUUUGUUACUGAUCUGCCUAACUUUCUUCAUUUGUUUAUAUUUCUUUUUUAUAUCAAUGUUUUCUUCUAUUUUCCUAGUUUAGUAUAUUUUAGAAUGUUUUGUAUUCUGAAUUUUUAUACUUAAAUGUGAGUCUCAACUGUUUUUAGUUUCUUUUUGCCUGUCUACAGGACAAAUGGCAUUUCUACUCUUAUGAAUUGUACAGAUUUUCUGAAGUUGUGAAAAAAGUGGACCUCUCAAACUGCACCAUAAAAAGUGUCCUACAAACUGUUGAGAUCCAGCCAAACUUUCUUUCCAUUGUUUAAGAUAAGAAGGUGAUCUGAUAACAUACAGGUGCAUCUCAAUAAAUUAGAAUGUCGUGGAAAAGUUCAUUUAUUUCAGUAAUACAACUCAAAUUGUGAAACUCGUGUAUUAAAUAAAUUCAAUGAACACAGACUGAAGUA